AGGGUUUGGGUCUCGAGACCCCAAAGUCCCUACGGGUGGUUAUUGGUUAUCGGUCGUUGGGGUUACGCGCGCGUACCUCUGCCCGUGCGCCUCUGGCUGUGCGUAUGCGCGCGCGAGUGCAGGUGCGAAACGCUUUAGUAGCUCGCGCCGCCGCCACAUCCACGUCGCCGAAGAUCGUCCUCUGGACGACCGAGUUGGUCAACAGCGCGCUUCGUACUCCGGGUGCACGGGGUACGAGCUAAGCCGGCACCAUGUCGGACUUCCUGGACUCCGAAGCCGAAGAGAGUGAGGAUGAAAUGCUCGAUCGGAAUAAAAAGAAAAAGCUGAAAAAGAUUCAUGCUUCGGAAAGCGAAGAAGAAGAGGAUGACGAGGAGAAAUUAAGAGAAGAGCUAAAGGAUUUAAUCGACGAUAAUCCAAUAGACGAUGAGAGCGAUGGAGAAGAUAGCGACACUUCGCAAGGCUCUAAAAAACGUAAAAAAAGUGACGACGAAGACUUUGAUGAUCGAUUGGACGACGAGGAUUAUGAUGUUAUCGAAGAAAAUUUGGGUGUUAAAGUCGAAAGGAAACGUUUCAAACGCUUGAAGAGAAUAGAAGCGGAGGAGUCGGAAGAAGAGCAAGAGCAGGAGGUAGAAGAAGAGAGGGAUGCUAUCGCCAAUGAAUUAUUUUCCAAUGAAUUAGGAUCUGGCGAUGAAGAUGAACGUAGGAGCGAACGCAGUCAAAGACCCGCUGGUGAAGUCGAGCAAUAUGAUGAUGAAGGAAGCGACGAAGAAUCCGACGCCGAUGACUUCAUUGUCGAUGACGAUGGGAGACCCAUUGCAGAAAAGCGGAAAAAAAGAAGGCAUAUUUUCGCUGAUUCAGCACUUCAGGAGGCUCAAGAUAUUUUUGGAGUCGAUUUCGAUUAUGAUGAAUUUGAAAAAUAUGGCGAUGACUACGAGGAGGAGGAGGAAGAGGAAGAAGACGAAUACGCGGACGAUGAAAUAGAUACAGAUAGGCCUAAGAAAACGAAAAAGGCUGCAAAAAAGAAGACUACGAAAAAGAGUAUUUUUGAAAUUUAUGAACCGAGCGAGCUUAAACGCGGUCACUUUACCGAUUUGGACAACGAGAUACGUACCACGGAUAUUCCGGAACGGAUGCAGCUUCGCUCCGUACCGAUAUCCGCCGCCACGGAAGAGGAGCUAACCGCGGAGGCCCAAUGGAUUUACAAUCAAGCUUUCGAGCGGAAAACCGUGUCGGUUCAAGAUGCCCACUUGAACGAGGAAGCGAAGGAGCGUGCGAAAAAAGGCCCGCAAACGGUAACUAAAAUCAAGAAAACCUUGGACUUUAUGCGUAAUCAGCAUUUCGAGGUGCCCUUCAUCUCCUUCUAUCGAAAGGAAUAUGUUUUACCGGAGUUGAACAUUAACGAUCUGUGGAAGGUUUAUAAAUUCGACGCCAAGUGGUGUCAGUUACGCCAGCGUAAGGAGGCGCUGCUUAAUCUCUUUAGGAAGAUGAAGCGAUAUCAGGAGGAUCAUAUUAUGAAGGAUCCGGACGCACCGUUGCCCGACAAUAUGAGGUUGAUCGAGGAGGAAGACGUUAAGCAGCUGGAGAAUGUACAAACGACCGAGGAGCUUAACGACUCGUACCACCAUUUCAUGCUGUACUAUAACCAAGAGAUACCGAAGAUGCAGGAGAUCGUACGCAAGCAAGAGAAGGAGAAGCGGCGCUUAGAUAGAAUUCAAAAGCACAAGCAGCUGAUUGCCGAGGCGGAGGAGAAUGGGGAGGAGCCACCAUCCGAAGAAAUCCUCGAUGAGGAGGAGGAGGAGGAGCCCGAGGAAAUACUUAAGCAAGCUGUUCGUACUGGGCCGUAUUCGAUUUGUCGUCGAGCGGGUCUGGAGAGUCUGUCGAAGAAGUUUGGUCUGCCACCCGAGCAAUUUGCCAAGAAUCUCAGUGAGGAGUAUCAGAUUUAUGAGGUUGAGCAAGAACCAAUGGAGCUCAAUACCGUUGCUGCAGAGUACAUUGGCGAAAAGUUCCAAACAGCCGAAGAGGUGCUUAAAGCUGCCCAACUUAUGGUGGCGAUACAACUGGCAAGGGAGCCAUUGGUUAGGGAAUCGGUAAGGAGGAUGUAUAAGGAGAAAGCAAAGAUCUCGGUGCGGCCAACGAAGAAAGGCAUCAAACUUAUAGAUGAAAAUCAUCCAGUUUUCACGAUGAAGUACCUCAAAGAUAAGCCAGUUAGGGAUCUCGUAGGAGAUCAAUUUUUAAAAUUAGUAAUAGCCCAGGACGAUAAACUUAUUACAUUGUCAUUCUCGGAUCAGAUUGAAGGGAAUACCACGAAUAACUAUGUUGAACAAAUGAAGCAGCUUUAUUACAGGGACGAGUUCAGCAAGAAUGUGCAGGACUGGAAUGCCUUGCGGGUUGGUAGCGUCGAGAUGGCUCUUACGAAAAUGGUUAUCCCCGAUCUCAAGAAGGAAUUGUAUUCCAUUCUGCUGAACGAAGCCAAGGAGUGCGUGAUGCGCUCUUGCGCCCGCAAGAUGUACAACUGGAUCAAAGUGAUGCCUUAUACCUGCGAGUUCCCUGACGAGGAAGACGAGGAGUGGGACACGAGCAAGGGCUUGCGAGUGAUGGGUCUCGCCUACGUGUCCGACUUCUCCAUAGCGUCGUUCGCGUGCAUGGUGGCGCCGGACGGCGAGUGUACGGAUUAUUUGAAGCUGCCGCAUCUCCUCAAGAGGAAGAACAGCUUCAGGGAGUCGGAUAAAGCGUUGAAAGAGUCGGAUCUUGUGGCCAUGAAGAAUUUCAUAGCCACGAAAAAGCCCCACAUUGUGGUGAUAGGUGGAGAGUCGAGGGACGCUUUAAUGAUUAGCGAGGAUAUUAGGGAGUGCAUUGCAGGACUCGUGACGGACGAGCAGUUUCCCAGCAUACGCGUGGAAAUCAUGGAAAAUGAAUUGGCCGGCAUUUAUGCCAAUAGCCACAAAGGUGUCUCGGAAUUCAGGGACUACCCGGAACUCCUGCGCCAGGCCAUUUCGCUGGCUCGUCGCAUACAGGAUCCUCUCAUCGAGUUCUCCCAACUGUGCAACGCCGACGAAGAGAUACUUUGCCUGAAAUUUCACAGUCUACAAGAUCAACUAAAUAAAGAGGAUUUGCUUGAGAAUCUCUAUUUGGAAUUCGUGAAUCGCGUGAACGAGGUCGGCGUGGACUUCAACAAGGCUGUGCAACAGCCUUACUCCGGUAAUCUCGUGCAAUUUGUGUGUGGCUUGGGUCCACGUAAGGGCCAGUACCUGAUAAAGACGCUAAAACAGACGAAUCAGCGACUGGAAAAUCGCACACAGUUCGUAACGGCAUGCCACAUGGGCCCGAAGGUCUUCAUAAACUGCGCGGGUUUCAUGAAAAUUGACACAAAUAGUCUGGGUGACAGUACUGAAACGUACGUCGAGGUGCUCGACGGUUCGCGCGUACAUCCCGAGACAUACGAGUGGGCGAGAAAAAUGGCAGUUGAUGCAUUGGAGUACGACGACGAGGAUGCGAAUCCCGCUGGUGCGUUGGAGGAGAUUCUCGAGUCGCCGGAAAGGCUCAAAGAUCUCGACCUGGACGCAUUCGCAGAGGAAUUGGAGAGACAGGGAUUUGGCAACAAGUGCAUCACUCUCUACGACAUAAGAUCGGAGCUUAAUAGCAGAUAUAAGGACUUGCGUGUAACCUAUCAACCUCCAACGCCUGAGAAGCUCUUCGACAUCCUGACGAAGGAAACCCCGGAGACGUUUUACAUUGGCAAGCUGCUCGAGGCAACGGUCGUCGGGAUUACAUAUAGGAAACCCAAGGGCGAGCAACUGGAUCAAGCGAAUCCGGUGCGCAACGACGAGACGGGACUAUGGCAAUGUCCCUUCUGUCUGAAGAAUGAAUUCCCCGAGCUCUCGGAAGUAUGGAAUCACUUUGACGCGGGCGCCUGCCCUGGUAAGGCGACAGGCAUCAGACUGCGCCUGGACAACGGCAUAUCCGGCUACAUUCAUAUAAAGAAUUUGUCGGACAAACACGUGGUGAAUCCGGAGGAGAGAGUACGUAUCGGCAAUCGCAUUCACUGUCGCAUUAUCAAAAUCGAGGUCGACAGAUUUAGCAUCGAGGCCACCAGUAAGAGUAGUGACCUGGCUGAUAAGAACCAGGAAUGGAGGCCGCAGAAGGAUCCUUAUUACGAUACGGAAAUGGAAUCCAAGGAUAAUUUGCUUGAAGAAGAAGCGAAGAAAGUUAAGCAACGCCAGAUAUACGUUACCCGUGUGAUAAUUCACCCGUCGUUUCGUAAUAUCACGUACGCCGAUGCGGAAAAGCUAAUGCAGACGAUGCAGCAGGGCGAGGCCAUAAUUCGGCCCUCGAGCAAAGGUGACGAUCAUUUGACAGUGACGUGGAAGGUGACGGACGACGUGCAUCAGCACAUCGACGUUCGGGAAGAGGGUAAGGAGAAUAAAUACUCGCUCGGUCGUAGCUUAUGGAUCGGUAGCGAGGAAUUCGAGGAUCUCGAUGAAAUCAUCGCCAGGCACAUUAAUCCUAUGGCUGCAUACACGUCCGAAUUAUUGGACUUUAAGUACUACAAAGCACAAAUUAUGGGCAUGAAGGACAAAGCCGAGGAUAUACUCAAGGAGCAAAAGAAGGAAAACCCUGGUGGUAUUCCAUACAUCGUUUCCGCAUCCAAGAAUUAUCCUGGAAAAUUUAUGCUAUCAUAUCUUCCUCGUACUAGAUGCCGACACGAAUAUAUUUCGGUCUCUCCAGAUGGUUUUCGAUUUAGAGGAAAUAGUUUCCCGCGAGUUAACGAUCUUUUCCGUUGGUUCAAGGAACACUUUAGAGAUCCAAUUCCAGGUCAAAUUACCCCGAGCACACCUCGAGUGUACCAUAAUACACCGGGUAUGAACAUGAAUGGAAUGAACCAGGAGGCCAUUCAGCGUGUCGCCCAGAAUCUUCCGCGACAUAUGCUGCACUCGCUGUCCCAGGUGGCGAAUCAGACGCCUCACUAUCCACAAACACCCGGGGCGGCGAGCACCGCCACCGGAUACGGAGGAAUGCACAACGCCUACGCCAUCAAUACACCUUACACACCAUCGGGACAGACGCCAUACAUCACACCCUAUCAGACGCCCGGUCAGCCGACGCCACGCUACGGCGAGCAGACGCCAACCGGACACCAGAUGCCGGGUAAUCAGUACACGACGAGUCAGAAUGCAAUGGACUGGAAGAAGGCGGCCGAAGCCUGGGCUAGGCAGACCGCCCCACGAGCGAGCGGCAGCCAAGGUACUCCAAGAUACAAGCAGCCUUAUAAAUCACCAAGGGGAACGCCACAUACAAAUUCCAGCCCGAGAAGUAUGUCUUUGAGCGGAGAUGGAACUCCACUGUAUGACGAGAGCUAAUAAUUUUUUGUAAUUAGUGGAUUAAUGUAUUUAUGUAUAUGACGUUAUUAUACUUAGUUAAGGAUUCGUAGCUUGCAUAAGAAAAUUUUUACUCUUACUGUAAAAUAUAUAUACUUAUGCAUAUAUAGUUACGAAUUGUUUUACUUCACUCCGUAGAAAAUUUAAUUGAAUUUUCUGUUUUCAUGUAAGAUGAUUUUCGAAGGGUAAUUUUUCACUACUCGCUGUGAAUUCACAUGGAAAGAAUAAAUUUUUAUUAUUUGUACAUUGUUCGUUUAUUUUGAGCAGUA